AUGUUAGGACCUUUCAUAAAUACUGCUACUGAUAAUCCUGGUCGCGAAGCCUUGAUCAAGAUGAUGCUUGCUGCUAAGGUUUACCUCGGCUCCACAAACCUCUCCUUCGGAAUGAAGCCAUACGUCUUCACAUCCAGAAAGGAGAUAGCACACAAAUUAUCAACCUCGCCAUGA